AUGUUGAAGUUCGCCAAUCAUCUGGUCAUCACUCGCGGUGGGACAUCAGAAACCGGGACCAUAAAGGCAAAUAUCUCAAACAUCAUUUUGGAAUAUGGAGAUCACGAUGUAGAUGAAUAUUUUAUGGAGUUUGUUCCACCGGUCUUCCAAAGUGAGAUCAAAUCCUUUUGGGGGUGUCUGUUUGAUGUAGCCGAUGCAGUUAAGCACAUACACCACUUGAAGGUCAACACAGAAGGUCGAACGCAAGGAUUCAAUGGGUGGCACGCGAAAAUUAAGCCGGAUAAUAUUCUGACUGUUCAAGGUCAAUUUAAAUUAGCUGACCCAGGAUUUGCAACGUUUGUGAAAAAGAAAAAUACGGAAACAGAUCCCAAGAAGGUCGUUGCUGGAGGCACAGAGACAUACAGUGCCCCGGAACGCCGAUACUCCAGCAGUGGAACAAGGGAAGGAGCAGUCUCGCAAAAGAUCGAUAUCUGGUCUUUAGGAUGCGUUUUUUCCAUCGCUGCGACCUGGGUUGUUCUGGGCCACGAAGGCAUACGGCAAUUUACGGAGUUACGCCAGAGGUCAAUUCGCAAGAUUAUCGGACAACAGGCUGCACAACUCACCGGACCCUACCCUAACCUAGACUAUUUCCAUAACGGCAGAGAAGUUCUCCCUGAUGUGCUAAGCUGGCAUGCAUAUUUGCGAAGCGUAUUACGCAAGUCCGACACUAUUACCAGCAGCGUACUUGAUCUUAUUGACAAUGAGAUGUUUGUAGGAGACGCGGGUUGUCGAAUCAAGGCAACCGAGCUUUUGCAAAAAACUGGAUGA